AUGAAGGUCUUCGCAACCUUGGCUGGCCUCUUGGCCACGGCCCUCGCGGCCCCUUCCACCGAGCACGCGCUUGUGGCCCGCCGUAACGGUAUCGACUACGUCCAAAACUACAACGGCAACUUGGGUGCCUUUAGCUACAACCAGGGUGCUGGCCAGUUCUCCAUGUACUGGGACAACGGUGUGAACAAUGACUUCGUCGUUGGUCUGGGAUGGCGCACUGGCUCGAAGAGCCCCAUCACCUACUCGGCCACCUAUGACGCCGCCAGCUCUGGCUCGUACCUUGCUGUGUACGGCUGGAUCAACUCGCCCCAGGCCGAGUACUACGUUGUCGAGUCCUACGGCACCUACAACCCCUGCAGUCAGGCCCAGAGCUUGGGCACGAUCACCUCGGACGGAGGUACCUACCAGGUCUGCACCGACACCCGCUACAACCAGCCCUCCAUAACUGGUACCAGCACCUUCACCCAGUUCUUCUCGGUCCGCCAGAACAAGCGCACCUCCGGCACGGUCACCAUCAACAACCACUUCAACUUCUGGGCCCAGCACGGGUUCGGCAACAGCAACUUCAACUACCAGGUCAUGGCCGUCGAAGCAUUCAACGGUCACGGUCACGCCAGCGUCCAGGUCUCUGGUUAA